AAGAACAGGAUAAGGUUGAUGGCACGGAGUACAAGGUACGAAGCAAGGAACAUGCGAAAAACAAGAGAGAGAAAACGAAAUAUUUCAGCCUAUAUGCAUCCCAGCGAACGAGGAGGUAAGAAGAACUCAGGGGAUUGUUUUGUGCUAACAAAAUGCAACUAACCCUCUGCCACCUCCACGUACGCUGCUGGGACGGCGCAGACGACACCAUCCCGUUCGGCCUUCCACCAAUCAGAUUCCACCCGGUCGACGAUGGAAAGAACGUCACCUUCACUGAACGAAAUCUCAUCGGGACUCGAGCCUUUGUACGAGUAAAGGAUUCCAUCUCCACACUCUCCACCUCCCGCACAUCUGCCAGUACCGAGUCGUCUGGGGAGCCGUUCCCACUCCAGCACGUGUCAUCUCGACCGAAAGCAUCUUACAGGCUCGCAGACUUCAUCAUUCAUCAAACACUGGGAACGGGAAGCUUCGGGCGAGUGCAUUUAGUACGGAGUAAACACAAUCUCCGCUUUUAUGCGAUCAAGGUCCUGAGUAAGGACAAGGUCGUCAAAACCAAGCAAGUUGAACAUACGAAUAAUGAAAAGACGAUUCUUGAGGGUGUGCAACAUCCUUUCAUCGUCAAUUUGUGGGGAGCUUUUCAAGAUGCUUCGAAUUUGUACAUGAUCAUGGAUUUCGUGCCUGGUGGUGAGUUGUUCACCCUCCUGCGCCGGUCGGGGAGGUUCCCUGAACCCGUUACCAAAUUUUAUGCGGCGGAAGUCGCUAUGGCACUGAAUUACCUACACCGACUUGAUGUCGUGUACCGCGACCUUAAGCCAGAGAAUAUCCUACUCAACUUCGACGGUCACAUCAAAAUUGCAGACUUUGGUUUCGCAAAGCGUUGCUCUGUCACUACUUGGACGCUCUGUGGCACACCCGACUAUCUGGCUCCUGAGAUUGUGCUUCAGCAGCGGUACACCAGAAGCGUCGAUUGGUACGCCCUGGGAGUGCUCAUCUUUGAGAUGUUGACCGGGUUCCCGCCAUAUUACCAACCCGAUCGUAACACAAAUAUACUUUACGAGCGGAUCCUUCAGGGGCCAAGUUUCAUCCGAUGGCCAGCGUUUCAGCCACAUGCGACAGACAUCAUUCUGAAGUUGAUGGAGAGUGAUGCCGUGAAGCGCUACGGCAAAGUGGACUACGGGGCCGGUGACGUCUUCACUCAUCCGUGGUUCAGCGAAGUAGAUUGGGACCGACUUUACUCUCGGAAAAUAGCAGCCCCGUACCUUCCGAAACUAAAGAGUGAAGGGGACGCAAGCGCAUUUGAACGAUACCCUGAGGAGGAGGUCGCAUCGACCUACGGCAAAGUUUGCCAUGAUCCACACGCACGGGAAUUCCCUGAUUUUGAAUAUACCAGCCCCGAUACUUAUCCGCCAGCAUGCCAGGCCAGCGAGGCUUAUAGAUGUAUCAGUCCUUCUAUUGCUCGCAAGUGA